ACUAUUUAAAUAGGAUUUAUACAUUGAUAUAAAUCAUGUGGUCUAUUGUACGCCUCCCAUUUUGGCGAAGUCAUCGGUUCUUGUUAACUGUCUUUAAAAAUACACGUUGGGACAUUUCUUUUACAUCAAGAAGUCACACAAUCCUUCGUCAUUCCGGAACCAAAUCUCUUACCUCUUCAUUGCCUCCGCAUUCGAGAAGAAGAAAAAAUAGUCAAGUGUCUGCAGUGAAGAAACUCUCUCAGAGGCCUAAUAUCAAGAAAAAGGAGGUUCCAACAAAUACAACUGCAAAAAAUAGUUCAACACCCGCUGAGCGUUUGACUUGUCUAGUAGGAGCGAGUCUACUUGAAGAUGAAGAGACUCAGUUGACAGAAGCCGAUGUGCGAUUGGCUAUGCGGACGUUGAUGGAGCAGCACCUUUCACAAAAAAGCAUUUUGAACCGGAUAGCCGAUCAGAACAUGAAGAGACGGCUGAAAUUGGAAGAAAUUGCCAAUGCAUCUCGUCUUAGACGUAUCGAAGAGAAGACCAAUAACUCCUUGAAACUUCUAAGUGCAGAUAGAGCAACAUUAGGCGAUGGUAUUCUGCCACUCUUCAGUCAACAUCGAAGCAACACAUCAGUUUUGGCAAAAGACACCAAUUCUUCAUAUAACAUGACUGAUUGGCGCGCAUAUAAUCCGGUAUCAGGUUGUUCUCCUGACGAAAUUUCCACCACUGAAGAAGAAAAAGUGAGCAAUGAGUGGGAGUAUAAAACCCUAGAAUCGUUAUGUGAACCGAAUUUAUCCGUGUACGACUCGGAGAGCGACAUACGUAUCCGAAGCGAGGACGCCUUGCGUGAAGAACAAGCGAUAGCCCAGUCAGAAGCUGCUGGUGUCGUUUUUGAAGACGACGACAUGGAUGUAAAAGAUGGAGUAACCCGUAGUGUGUCCCCAAAGAGUAUAACAAGCGGCAACAAGGCCUUGAAAAGUAGACCAAUCACCCCGAUUUCCACCAGCAUGCUACAUUACGAUAUAACAGGUGAAGAAGAUGCAGAUUUUCCAGUUCAUAUCUAUGAGGAAGACAAUGAUUGA